UUUUGCUAUUUUGAAUGCCAAAAUGGCAGCCUGCAAAGCGUCCUUGGUGGCUGUAAGUGUUCGGUUUGUUUUUAAGAAAAAUCUCCUGCCACGGGCCGUAGUAUAUCCAUGCUUCGAGAACGCCACCAAACGAGGAUUUGCAUCAAAUGUACUGUCUCCCUCCAUUGAAGACUCCAUUACAACAAACACUCCAAGCAGCAGUUUCAGUGGACCUCUCGAGCACUACAACAAUCUCAUUCAGCAUGGAGUACUACAAGAUGACCAACAGCAAAGAAUUGUUUUGCAGGAUCUAGAUCUGAUGCAGAAAAUCCUCAAGGGAUAUAGCAAUGAACCUGCAUCGUUUAUUUCAAGAUUAUUCUCCAGAAAAAUUCCACCUAAAGGUUGCUACAUCUAUGGUGAUGUAGGUACUGGGAAGACCAUGGUGAUGGACAUGUUUUACAAUCAUGUAGACAUCGCAAAGAAAAAGAGGGUCCACUUUCAUGGAUUUAUGUUAGAUGUGCACAAAAGAAUUCAUCGUCUAAAACAGAGCAUGCCCAAGAGAAAGGCCGGAAAAAUGGCAAAGGCCUAUGAUCCUAUUGCACCAGUUGCAGAGGAAAUCGGUGAGGAGGCUUCCCUGCUAUGCUUUGAUGAGUUUCAGGUCACAGACAUUGCAGAUGCCAUGAUUCUCAAGCAGCUCUUUGAAAACCUAUUUCUCCAUGGUGUUGUAGUUGUAGCCACAUCAAACAGACCUCCAGAUGAUUUGUACAAGAACGGAUUACAGAGAGUGAACUUUGUGCCCUUCAUUGCUGUUCUUAAGCAAUAUUGUAAAAUACUUCGUCUUGACUCUGGAAUAGAUUACCGCAGAAGAAAUCGACCUGCAGCUGGAAAGCUUUUCUACCUGUCCAGUGAAGACAAUGUAGAUGCAACCUUGGAUCAGCUCUUUGAUGAAAUGGCAUUCAAGCAGAAUGACAUAACUCGGCCCAGAUCUCUGAAGGUACAUGGCAGGACAGUGACACUGAAUAAAGCCUGUGGGACCAUUGCAGACUGCACAUUUGAGGAGCUAUGUGAUAGGCCUUUGGGAGCCAGUGACUACAUAGAAAUCUCGACUGUAUUUGACACAGUGUUUAUCCGCAAUAUUCCUUUACUCACAUUGAAUAAGAAGACCCAGGCCAGGCGCUUUAUCACUCUUAUUGAUGCAUUCUAUGACCACAAGGUACGGGUAGUUUUACAAGCCGAGGUGCCUUUAGAGGAUCUGUUUGUAAAUGAAGGACACCAUGAUGAUGAGAGGAAUAUUUUAAUAGAUGACCUUGGCUUAAAAAGGGAUGCAGCCAGUUCACUGUCAAUCUUCACCGGCGAGGAAGAGGUGUUUGCCUUCCAGCGUACAGUCUCGCGGCUCACAGAAAUGCAGACAGAAGAGUACUGGGUGGAAGGCGAUCGGAGCUCUCCAUAGCACACAUCAAUACCAACUUCGUAUACAGUGGUGUGCCACCUUUCAGUGAUCUAUAGUUCUCUUUUUUGGGAGGGCUUUGGGUCAUCACUGUUAACAUUUUAUUCAAAACUGCACAAUAUUUUACUCUGUUGCACUUUAUUCUAUGGCCUGUAAAUGUAGUAUGCCAAUGGAAUGCAUUCAGUUAUUUUAAUACUGUUUUAACAUCUGUAUUUAUCAAAUGUAGGAACAAUUUGACUUUCCAUAUCAGCACAGCUACAUAGGAUAAAAGCAACAUCACACAUCAUACAUCCCGCCUACAUUUGACAAGACUGAAAAAAGAUUAAGUUAAUUUGUACAUUGUUACUGUAAUAAUAUUAUUUUAAGGGAUGUAGGGUAGAAUAUUCUUGAAUUAAUCAUUAGUAUUGUAUGGCAAUAUUUCUUACAUUUUCUUUUAGAUUUUUGGAUAUCAUAUAACUCAAAUAUUUAUUUAUUUGGAUACCUGGCUAGCAAAUUGAACAGUUGUAUUUGUAUAUUUUUAUUUUAUUUAAGUAUAUUCAAUAUGGCCAGUCUACUUCAUAUUUUAUGAAUACUACAAUCAAUACCACAGUGAAUGUUCAAGUACAUAAAAAAUAAGUUAUAGAAAAGAUAUAGUGCUUAACCCAAACCCAUAUUAGAAAAAUCUUCACUUUAUGGCUUCUAAUUUUCAUUUAAAUACUUUGGUGAAUGUAAUUCAACAGUAAGCGUCAGAGCAAAUAAUUGCUCUGUAGUAAAUACCAUGUCCAAUGUCUGUUUUGUUUGGACGGGUCAUACCAAGAGGAAACACUGGGAAAACAGUGGUCAAAUGGAAGAUGAAAAAAAUUACUUUUAAUUGCAUUUAAACUUCUAUAGAAACAAUAUAACAAUUUGUAAGUUAUGAAGAAUGGCAUCAAUACAGCAGAUAAAGAUUUCUUUUUUUGUUGCCUCUCCCUGGAAAAUUGUAUACUUACUUAUUUGUUCAUUUAUUUAUUGGAGCUAAAAACCUUUCAAAUAAAUGACAGCAGCUUAAUUUGU